AUAGAAACCUGGUACCUAACAAGGAACACUUCCGGUCGUCAUAAACGAUGAAUCUGUUGACGAAUCUUUAAUAUAAUUGAGUACUAUUUAAGGUCAAUAGCAAUAUAUCUUUUUAGACCUUUGCUUAUAAGGAAAAUAGAAAUCACCCACUGUCUUAUCAAAUAUAAUUCUACUUGAGUUACACUCCCAGCACAAUGACUGAUCCGGAUACAGAAUCGGGUAGUUUCCUCGACCAAACUGAUACAUCUUUGAAUGCAGUCAGCCCUGAAAAACAGGCCAUUGCCGCACAAGCCGUUGAGGUACAGAGAAAAAUUGACAAAGUUCUGGUUAAGAUAAAUGAAAAUCAGAAAAAACGUGAAAACCACCUGGCUCAGUUCAUCAAUUUCGAGACAGGAGGAUCUCAAGAUCCUGGCCUCUACCAGCGCAUGAAAUCGUACUUUGAAAAGCACAAUGAAAGGUUGAAUAAAGAAACAGAGAUGCUGCAGAAAAAGAUGAAAAAGUACCAGGAAAAACUACAGCUAUUGAAACUUGACGUCUUUCCAACUCCUAGUCACAAAAUACAACAUCCUGGAUCUUUUAUAAAAGGUGUUGCAAAUUCAGUGAAGGAAGUGUCAGUCUUGAAAACAAGAUUGAAAAACAAGAGAUAUCCAAGUGCUGAUCAUAUUACAACUAAUACCUCCACGACAAGCUCAACAAACGAUGACUCUAAAACCUGUAAAACCAGCCGGACACUUCCUUCAUCCUUUCAACCUCAGCCAGUACAGGCUCAAAAAGCCUCGUCGACAGGAAAUACUUUACCUAAUCAUGACGAAGAUGAAGAAGUUGAAGGAAAUUCUUCAGUUACGAACGAAAGUGGCGGGCUUCUCCAAACUCCAGUCAUAUUAAAUCAAGAAAUAUUGGAUGAUUUAGGCAAAAAAUACGAUUCUUUGAAUCAUCGAUUUGACAACUACGACCAAUACCAAAAAGAAAUUCUUCAGCAAUUAACUUCACUUAACGAUCGAUUCAUUAGAAUAGAAUCGGAUCAUUUGAAUACCGAUUCGGAAAUUAAAAUGAUUCAGGAAAAUGUAGCAGAUAUAAGUAAUUCGUUCAACCAAUUUAAGGAUGCAGUUAAUGAAAACAUUUCACAAACCGAUUUUAAAGUUGUAGAAACUGGGAAAGAGACAACUGAAAAGAUUACUCAUUUAGACGCUAAAAUUACAUCAUUAGAGCAUAGAGCAGAUCAACAAUUGCCUGAUUUUGGUGUAGGUAAUAGUGCAAGCGCAAGGGCUGUUAUAACAAAGGUGGUUAACGUUGCUUUGGCCAUAGUAACUGUAAUUUUAGUAAUGCUAUCUAUGAUAGCAACUUUAAGUGGACCACUUCUAUCGACUAAAAUACGGACUGUUAUGUCUGUAAUCAUGGUGGGGCUCAUUGCCGUUGCUGUUCAAUAUUGGGAUAUCAUAAAAGACGAGUUACUACAAUUAUAUAGGCAAUAUUUGGCAAAUAGGAGUUUAUAGAAAACUGUUUAUAGGAAAAUGGCUUAGCUUUUUUCUUUUUUUUUUUCAUAUUUUAUUUUUAAAAAUUUCAUCAUUUACUCAACUGUCUCACAAACUGAUUUACUGGACAAACACUUAAAAAGAGAAGAAAAAAAAAGAAAAGCAGAAAAAUUUCAGAGUAUAUCAGUUUCUAUGUCAAAUUUCUUAACUUAACCUUCCUUCUCCUCCACUCCCUUUCCCCUUUUUUUUUCUUUUAAAUUUAUUCAUUCCCUUAAUCUUUCUUGCCUUCCUUUUCCCUCCUCCUCCUACUACUCCUCUCUAUGUUUUUUUAUUGGAAACUAGUUGCACCCUUUGAAAAAAUAGAAAAAGAAUAAGAAAUAGUUUAUAAUAAAGAUAUUUGUCACCAAAAAUAUACUGUAACAUAUAAAAUAUAUAAGAGCAUAAACAGAUUAGCCAUGUAUGUAAUUUUAUUAAAAGUCUAUGAUUUUUGUUUAAUUUUAGGUUUUUUUUUCUUUUGAGAUUUAUAUUAUUUCAAUUUUUACCUAUGCCUCUUCAAACGUUGAAAUUCAUCAACGUUAAACAAGUUGAUCAUAAAUAUCAAAUAAAGUUUAUUUUUUUUUUUAUAAAAAAAAAAUAUAUAUAUAAAUUUAUAUAUUUGAAUAAUAAAACUGUAGCAAAGAGAUUUUUUUUUAAUAUUGGUUUAGCAUCAGUUAUUAAUGAAAUUGCUAAAAUAAGAAUGAAUCGUGACUCUUGACUUACAGCGGUCACGAUUAGUUUGUAAAUUCAUAGCAGAUGAUAAUAAAUCUUUACGUACUUGUACUUUAAACUGACGAAUAGAUGUUUAUCUUCCUGUACGACUGAUAAUCUUAAAACGAAACAUAUUUAAUAUAUAGACAUCAGUUGUUUUCAUUACUUUUGCAGCAAAUUCGUUUAAUAUUGGUGAAUAAAGAUUUAAUAUUAAUAUUCGUUAUCGUUAUGCCCGCAUGAUCUCUUAUUACCUUUUUAAAUAUGACAAUAAUUACGUAAUUUACUAGCUAACCUUAUUUGAUGCACUUUGUAUGUCACACCAGAUGGCGUAUAUGAACGGACUCGUUAAUUUUUCUCAAUGCAAUUGUCUGUAUAUGCAUACAUAUAUAUAUAUAUUUGUUUUUGAAAGUUUCAAAAGUAGGCUCGGAAAUAAAGAACAAUGUUCUUAAGCAGUUAUAUAAAUUUUUUGCAAUGAAAAUAACAUUCUGCAAUAAAAAUAAAAUGAUAUUUCAAAUUUUUUCUAAAAAUCCUUCAUCCAUUAAAAUUGGCUCUAAUGGUAUAUCGUCCAUAUUUGGUAGAACCAAUAUCCUUUCGAACUCUUUUACAAGUUUGUUUUCUAUCCAAUCUGUGACGUGAGUAACGCUUACUUGUCUCUCUCCAAUUUUUGGAGUUGCAGUAAGCCACAUGUGAGGAGGGUGUUUAAAACCCCACCAUAAACGAUCAGUCGGUGGGUGUGGUAUAUGCAAUACUAGAGUUCCAACGCAACUUUUUAUAUCAACUGUCAAUUGAAUGGGUGUGUUAGAUACUUCUUUCAUUGCUCUUUGCACAUAUCUAUUUUCAGCUGCAGCAUGAAAAUAUCUGCUGUUUGUUAUUCGAUCUACUAACUGCAUUAUUUUCUUCUUAUUAACACUCUUUUGUAAGCGAGCACCAACUCCAGUGUGCAGUCCAUUCGAGUUUUUCUCAGAGUCGCUCACAUCCUCGGGUUCUUCGUCAGUUGAACUUUCGGCACUAUCCUCUUCAUCGGAAUCCGUAACGGGGCUUUUUUUAUCGGUUGUUGGCGACGAGGUUACACUAUCGCUUUUACGUAACUUCAAAAGAUUCACCUUUGUUUCGAUAGAUAAGGCUACACCGCCACUAUAAGCCAUAUCUAUAUCGAUCCAGAGUCCAUCUGAGUCGACAUAGGGGACUGCGCUUCUUCUGAGUAUUGGUACUGCUUUCCCCAGGUCUAUUCCAACUAUCACGAGAUCAUCAACAAAGACUGGUUUAUUAAUUUUAGCUAGUUUUUUUUGAAUUUUUGACAUUAUUCUAGCAGCCCAAAGAGGCUGUUUUAGAACAUCCCAGAGGAUUCUUGAGAUGAUAGCGUUUAUCCAUAUCAUUGAAGGUUCACAAAGGACUCUUCCAAUUUUUUCACAGCUAAUUUUCGGCUUUGUACUACAAAGAGAUUCUGGAGGUAGAAUUCGAGAUAAAUGAAGUAUGAGAGACUCCAAAGAAGCCUCUGGAUUAUUCAUACUAGGUAAAGAUUGAUCUUUGACAAGUGUUUCCAAUGCAGAGGUACUCAAACGUUUUUCCAGUGUUCCUUUUUUACCUAUAUCAGGUAACUUUGAUGGAAUGGGCAUAUUUAAAGAAGCCGAAUUCAUACGAUGAAACCAUUGCUCUUUUUGAAGGCAAGUUCUAGCAAAGAGUAUAAUGUUCUUUGAUCCAUCUGAAGGCUUUAUGCAUAUCGGAUAUUUUUUACUCCAAAGUCUCUUAUGAACCAAUCUAUCAGGAAGUAAAAUAACAUUACAAUCUCUUAAAUCGACCGUCAUAGACUCAUCAAGGAAUUGUGCCUGGGCCGGUAUUGGAAGAUUGUGUUUAUAGCAUGCUCGGCGAGGGAGUGAUUGCAGAGCAAUUUUCACAUUCAAAAUGCAAGUAUCUAACUGAACAAAAGCGCUCUUUGUGUCUAUCAGAUGAAAAUUUUCCGAAUUAUACUCUCCGUUUGAUAAUAUAUUCAUCCAGCCUUCAAAUUUACAGGAUCUGUCGGCUAAUCCUCGACUAGGUGGCAUAGGAGGUAAAUCUUUAACAUCUGGCAAUGGUGGUGGGUUGAAAUGCCAUGGGUUGAACGUAUAGAUGAUAAAAGGCACAACAAGCGCCGACAAACAAGCACCAAUAAUUAAACCAGACAUAAAUGAACAUAUAGGUGAACAUAUAGCUGCAAGUAAUACAAGUAGAGCUAAAAAUAAGUGACCUUUGCUGAAUGACGGUUUCCAUUUUGGAUGAAAAUUACUGGGAUUUGACUUAGGGCGCGUUUCAUUUACAGGCUGCUCUAGAAGUUCAUUCAAAUUUAAGGGAUAAGAUUUAGAGGAAGUUUUUGGCAAAUGAGGUGGUGUAUUAUCAAAAUCUUCGGUUAAUUCCUCGCCUUCUUCAUCCGCGUCAUCCAUAGAGGCAGGUGGGACUAAUUCAAAAUCAGGACUCAAUUUGAAAUCGGCACUUGAAUGUCUCGAAUGCUUUCCUGGAGAGCUUCUCUCAGAGGGAACUGUAUCAACGCUAACGCUUUUUUUCAUUUGCGACUCUUUCUUAUCAGACGAAUCUAAUUUUUCAGUGAUAAAUGUGGAAAUGGAGUCUGGCAAGCGAUCUUGCAGCUCGGGUAGUUUCUCGUGCCAUUUUUCCGAUAAACGCCCUUUUAGCUCCUUCAAGUCUUUGAAAAAGAAAGAUUUUUGUUCCAUUUCCGGUGUCUUCUUCUUUUCGCAAACAGCUGUCUCAACUGCAUCCCCUGUAAACUUGACCGAUGUCAUUAGUUUUGUCAAUGACUCGGGCGGUGUUGUUGAUCUUGGAGAAGUUGACAUUGCUACAGGUAGAACAAAACUUCAAUUAAAUAUAGGAAAUAGCGUACAAAAAAUUACCUCAAUUAGGAAAUAAUGUGAUAAAGAUCAAAUUGAGUAUUUUAAUGCAUAUGUUCUACAUAUAUUACAAUCGGUAUCGGUGAAAUUAUCUAAAUCUACUUACUGAUCAAUACUCAAUUAGUGGAAUAUUUCCAUUAUUUUUGUAAAUUACUUUCUAUAUUAACGAAUUAUAUCAACACUUAAGAAAUAUAACGUAAUUUCUUUUUCUAUUUGUCUUCGUCAUCUGCUGCUGACAAAUAGCAGACUCGCACUGAAUUAUUCCAUUCGACAUUUAAUUUUAACGCGGAGCGCGCCAAUAUCAUAAAAAUUACAUUGGACAAUUAACUACGUCUACUUUAUUAAAACAUUAAACAGUUAACUCUAUAUUUUUCACUGUAUUAAAUCAAAUUAUUAAUGAAUCUUUCAUUUACUUAUCUAACCUGUAGGGAAGAAAAUUUCUAUGUUUAUACUAUGUUUGGUAUUUCACUGACGUAUUUUCCGGUAUUUUGUAGUAGUACUCUGUUGAAAUAUAUCAAGGAAAUCAAAUCGUAGAAUAUGUUUUGAGUAGUACUCAAAGAAAAAGAAUUUAUUCAGAGAAUAGGCCCAUUUACUCAAAAGAAAAAAAAAUGUUAUAUCUCUUAAAGAGUGCUUUUUAAUGGAGAAUUACUAAUCUUUAAAUUUUACAAGACUAAAAGUAUAAUAUUACCAUAUAUUUGAAUUAUACUUAAAUAAAACGUUUAAGAUUGUAUAAGAUUAGUAAACAUGACAAAAAAAAAUGAAAGAACCCAUUCUUAUCUUGUUCUAUUUAAC